CUCCUAGAAUUGGAGCCUGAUCUUGUGUGUUUCCUGCUCUUCUACUUGCCACCAUGAAGUUCCUGGCACUCCUUGUGUUGCUUGGAGUUUCUACUAUCCUAGUCUCUUGCCAGGACGCGGAGACAAACGCUGCUGACACUUCUCAAACUGCUGAUUCUACUGGUGGAAACACUGGCUCUGAAACUCAGGCAGAUACUACUGGUGAAAAGCAAGAUGGUGAUUCCUCUGGUUCAGUCAACGAACAAAAUGAGAGCACUGAUACCAACACUGCUAAUGAGGCCUCUGAGGAAGACAACAAGGAAGAGACAAAGGAUAACAGUACUGGGGAUGAUGCCUCCAAACAGAAAGGACAGAAUAAAAUCGCUGAUCUGAAAGAAAAACUUGAGAAAUCAAAGGCUGAAGCUCUUGAAAAAAUUAAAGGAG